AUGAGCUCCUCUCCUGCGAGGUCCCCCUCUGUGUCUGACGGCGGCGGACGGCGGAGCAGAGAUGCGGAGGAGGAGGGAGACGGUGGCGAGGAAGAAGUUAAUGGUGAGGAAGAAGGCCACGUCCAAGGCGGCCAUGACGACGAUGUGGAACCUCAGCUCCCUCACGACGACGAUGUGGAGAGGAGGACGGGUUGGUUGUUAAGUUUUCCCUCAGCUCUCUGGCCCAACAAUUUUGAUUCAUUGCUGGAAUCUAAGGACAGCUUCAUUACAUUUAGUAAGCAUAAAUGGUUAUGGAAGUCAGGGGCCACGGGUGCAAAGAAGGUGGAAGCAGUUAACGCCAUUGCCAAGGAACAAGGGCAUGAUGCUCUUCUUCAUUACUCAGACCAGGAUCAAGCCGGCGGCAACUUUGGACAUCAGAAUCACCAGCAACCAACAAGCUCGUUGGAUUUAGAGUUUCUUUUUCAGCUAAAACUAUAUGGCUUUCAGGUGUUUGUGUUUGUGCUCUUUCUGUUUUGUUUAUCUUGGAGAGAGAGAGAGAGAGAGAGAUGGAAUUGNUUGAAAUUUGUUGUUGUUGUUGUGGGUGAAGAAAAGUUUGAUCCUUUGCCUUCUCCUUCUACGUUGCUCUGUAAAAUUUGCCACGAAGAGGAGGAUGAGAACUCAACAAGCAUGGAAUCCCCUUGUGCUUGCUCUGGAACUCUCAAGUUUGCUCAUAGAAGAUGCAUACAGAGGUGGUGCGAUGAGAAAGGGAGCACAGUUUGUGAGAUUUGCCUUCAGAAAUUUGAACCAGGUUACACUGUUCCCCCCAAGCUAGCAUUGCUCGAUAUUGCUGUGACCAUCAGAGGAAGUCUAGAGGUCCCCAGGCUAAAUUAUGAGUCUCAAAACACCGGGCUCAUUGAUGAGGAGUCGGACAAUGACUACCCUGGGUGCUCUCCUCCAUCCCAUCCAAGCGCAGCUCUCUUCAGAACAAUAGCUCUAAUUUUUAUGGUGUUGAUACUUGCCAGACACCUCGUUAUUGUCUUAGCAACAGGAGAGGGCAAUUAUCCAUUUGCGGCUGCCACGGUUCUUUUGCUAAGGGCAAGCGGAAUCUUCUUGCCAUUCUAUUGCAUAAUGAGAAUCAUAGCAGCCAUUCAAAAGAAGCAGCAACAACAUCUAUACCGUACACAUAGAAGAGAUGCUUCAGCAAUUCAAAGAGUUGAAGAAGGGGAGCUGCAACAACACGUAAUUCAGAUUCACUCAUGAGACCAGCCCAAUGUUUAUAUACUGUAAAGAAGGGCUUAGUCCAUUAUACUCACAGCAAAAAGUUUGUUUUUUUUUUUUUUAAAUUCAUUUUUUUCUUCAGUGUAUAUUUCUUAUCCAAGGAUUAGGAUAAGCCAUGUUACAAAAGGGAGAGAGCAGGAUAUGCAGCCCCCCCUUGAGUUUAAUUUUAUGCUUUUGUGCCU